AGAAGAAGAGCAGUCAACAUGGCUGCGUCCGUGAAGAAAGCUGCCCAUGACAUAGAAACGCGAAAGCGGACCGAUGAUGUGCUGCUGUCGGAGGGAAUCGACUUCAGCUCCCUGCUGCUCUCUCCGGCUGUGCUGGAUGGACUGACCUCCUCCGGUUUCCAGAAACCCUCCCCGAUCCAGCUCAAGGCGAUCCCGCUGGGCCGCUGCGGACUGGAUUUAAUUGUACAGGCCAAGUCUGGCACGGGGAAGACAUGCGUGUUCUGCACCAUCGCCCUGGACUCUCUGGUCCUGGAGAAUCCUGCAACUCAGGUUCUUGUCCUGGCUCCGACCCGUGAGAUCGCGGUGCAGAUCCACUCAGUGGUGAUGGCCAUCGGCUGCGCCAUGGAGGGCCUCGAGUGCCAUGUUUUCAUCGGGGGGAGGCCUGUGAGUCAGGACAAAACCCAUCUGAAGAAGUGCCAUGUAGCUGUGGGCUCACCUGGUCGUAUCAAGCAGCUUAUCGAGCUGGGCAUGUUAUCCACCACCAGCAUCAGACUGUUUGUUCUGGAUGAGGCAGACAAGCUGCUGGAAGAGGGCAGCUUCCAGGAACAGAUAAACUGGAUCUUUUCCUCUCUGCCUGUGAACAAACAGAUGCUGGCACUCUCUGCCACCUACCCAGAAUGCCUUGCUCAGCACCUUACCCGCUACAUGAGAGAGCCUACUUUUGUCAGACUCAAUCCCAGUGACUUGGGCCUUAAAGGUCUGAAGCAGUAUUACAAGCUGGUGCAGUCCCAUGCUUUACCACACAAGGUUUUCGAGGAGAAGGUGCAGCAUUUGCUCGAGCUCUUCAGUAAAAUCCCAUUCAACCAGGCCCUGGUGUUCUCCAACCUGCACACAAGGGCUCAGCACCUGGCAGACAUCCUGUCCUCUAAAGGCUUACCUGCUGUUUGUAUCUCAGGUGGUCUGAGCCAGGACCAGAGACUGGAGGCCAUGUCCAAACUGAAGCAGUACCAGUGCAGGGUGCUCAUCUCCACGGACCUGACCUCCAGAGGUAUAGAUGCAGAUAAAGUAAACUUGGUGAUAAACCUGGACGUGCCACAGGACUGGGAGACGUAUAUGCACAGAAUCGGACGUGCUGGCCGCUUCGGCACUCAGGGGCUGGCUGUGACUUACUGUUGCCAUGGUGAGGAGGAGAAUAAGAUGAUGGCCAUCGCUCAAAAGUGUGGCCUGAGGUUGUCCGCAUUGCCAUCCACCAUAGAGCCCGGGUUAAUGGACGAGCCGUGUGACUGGGAUGUCUGCACCGAGGCUUCCACUCCAGGCCCCUUACCCCAGCUCUCCUCCAGGUCAGAGAAGAAGAAGCGUGCCAAGCCAGUCACGGAUCAAGCUCUGGAGCACAGAGGUCAAAGGAAGCUGGAGAAGACCCGUCCAGCACCCAAGCUGGAAGCAAACGGUGAAAGUAAUCAGAGAAUAGCACCUCCUGCAAAGGACCCUCCCCCACACUGUCCACCUCAGGCAACGCCGACUCGAAAAGAGCUGCAGGACGCCCUGCCAAAGAUCCCUCCGCUCAGCUCGUUCAAGAAUUGUAGUUCUAGGUUUAUGACCUUUGAGGAGGCGGAGCAGGACUUCUACAGCUUCAUCACCACGGGGUUGGGGAGAUCAGUGGAGGUCAUCAGGGAGUUCAAAGGGGGAGAGGGCGGUGAUCAGAAUGGGUAUAGAGAGACGUCCACACUUAAUGAUGACGACGGAGCUCAAAGUUUGAAUAGAAGACGGUGGAAAUCUUACUCUUCACCUCCAAGGUCAAUUUCUGGCUCUUCAGACUCUCAAUCUGACGAGGAUGAGACAAAUCAGAUUAGAGGAAGUGAAUGCAGAGCAAUCAGUGAGCCUCAGACAGAAGCCAGACAAACACCCACUGUGCGCAAGCCGAAGGCAGAUACUGUCAGAUCCAACGUCUGUACUUUCUCUGCACCCGGAAUGUAUCACCAGACAGCGAGAGCUUCAUCUCAGCCUGACAAAUAUGAAUCUGCACCAGUAGUUAGAUCCAGAGGGCAAUCCAGUCAGACGCCUCAUACACAGACUGGCAGGAAUGAAUGCAGAAAGAUUAAAGAAAGUACUGGGAAACAGAGUAAAAAGAUGCCAGAGAAGAUGAACAGAAGGCAAAAGAGGGAAAGGGAUGAAGAGGAACAUGAUAAUGAUGUUGAUAAUGAAGAAGAGGGGGGGGAGGAGGAGGAGGAGUGGAGUUCUGAAGCUUAUUGGAGAGCCAGCUAUAGAGCCUGGAGUGAUUACUACGCUUCGAUGUCUUCUUUCCAAGAGCAAGAUUACCAAAGUUACUACAGUGUAGCCCACAACUGGAUGGCAGCUUAUCGUAUGAAUGCGGUCUACAUGGAAGAACUCAUGAAACACUGAGACUCUGUACAGUUUGAGUGAGAGGAAGGGUCUCUGAUAAAAGAUGAAUCAGAUAUUCUGAUCUAACACAUUGCACUAUUUUUUUUAUUUUCAUUAAUGAAUGUGUGUUUUUCAAUGACUUCCUAUCACAUCCUGUAUGUACCAGUUACCUUUCUAAUAAAUGACCACUUAGUAGCA